AUGACGUCAACCAAGGGCAAUUUGCUGUCCUCUACUUCCGGCGUCACAUUCUAUAACCCGCUCCAGAGAUGUGUUCGGAGGAACAUGGCGGUACCGUGGAGGCACUGUUGGAGGAGAAGUAAAGGCGCUACUUGUACACGUUUACUAGAAACCGUAUGGUGUUUUAAUGGAAGUUCUGCUAUGUUUGCUGCCUCGUUGCUCCGAAGAACGGGAACUGUCGCUGGCUGGAGAAAUGAGGUAACGUGGUAAGAUUUCACCGGGCGGGCGUGCUGUCAACCCGAGGAAGGUCAACCAGUAGAGAAGUUGGAAGCCGCAAGCUGAUUUUAUUGAAUGAGUUACAGCUGCCUUGGUGUAGCUAUAUUGGGAUUUAGUCCAGUCCAGUUUAUUCUAGUUGUAGAAGCUAACUAAAACAAUCAAUAUUGUAUCAAUGAAAUUGCUUUUCUGGACAUAACGUUAGCUAAAGAUUGUUGUUUAGUAUGACAAUAUUGUUUGUAGUUCUAGCCAUAUCUAGCUAGCUGGUUUGUUAUGUAGUCUCAGUUUAGCUAAAGGUCAAGACGGUGUAUGUCAUUUCGGGAUUGCUAUGUACCAAGUUUUGCACUUGACUUAUCUCACUAGUUUAACCCUAUUAGCUCAAGCGACGGUAGGUUAACGUUAUCACUAGACAGAACUGUCAGUGGGUAGACUUCAUUGGUCAAGUGUAUGUGGUUCACUUCCUACUAAAAGGUCCUCUCAACUAGACCUCGGUGUAACUAGCUAUAUCUCCUCUCAACUACAGUGAGGGGAAAAAAGUAUUUGAUCCCCUGCUGAUUUUGUAUGUUAGCCCACUGACAAAGACAUGAUCAGUCUAUAAUUUUAAUGGUAGCUUUAUUUGAACAGUGAGAGACAGAAUAAAGACAAAAAAAUCCGGAAAAACGCAUGUCAAAAAUGUUAUAAAUUGAUUUGCAUUUUAAUGAAGGAAAUAAGUAUUUGACCCCCUCUCAAUCAGAAAGAUUUCUGGCUCCCAGGUGUCUCUUAUGCAGGUAACGAGCUGAGAUUAGGAGCACACUCUUAAAGGGAGUGCUCCUAAUCUCAGUUUGUUACCUGUAUAAAAGACACCUGUCCACAGAAGCAAUCAAUCAAUCAGAUUCCAAACUCUCCACCAUGGCCAAGACCAAAGAGCUCUCCAAGGAUGUCAGGGACAAGAUUGUAGACCUACACAAGGCUGGAAUGGGCUACAAGACCAUCGCCAAGCAGCUCGGUGAGAAGGUGACAACAGUUGGUGCGAUUAUUCGCAAAUGGAAGAAACACAAAAGACCUGUCAAUCUCCCUCGGCCUGGGGCUCCAUGCAAGAACUCACCUCGUGGAGUUGCAAUGAUCAUGAGAACGGUGAGGAAUCAGCCCAGAACUACACGGGAGGAUCUUGUCAAUGAUCUCAAGGCAGCUGGGACCAUAGUCACCAAGAAAACAAUUGGUAACACAAUACGCUGUGAAGGACUGAAAUCCUGCAGCGCCCGCAAGAUCCCCCUGCUCAAGAAAGCACAUAUACAGGCCCGUCUGAAGUUUGCCAAUGAACAUCUGAAUGAUUCAGAGGAGAACUGGGUGAAGUGUUUUGGUCAGAUGAGACCAAAAUUGAGCUCUUUGGCAUCAACUCAACUCGCUGUGUUUGGAGGAGGAGGAAUGCUGCCUAUGACCCUAAGAACACCAUCCCCACCGUCAAACAUGGAGGUGGAAACAUUAUGCUUUCGGGGUGUUUUUCUGCUAAGGGGACAGGACAACUUCACCGCAUCAAAGGGACGAUGGACGGGGCCAUGUACCGUCAAAUCUUGGGUGAGAACCUCCUUCCCUCAGCCAGGGCAUUGAAAAUGGGUCGUGGAUGGGUAUUCCAGCAUGACAAUGACCCAAAACACACGGCCAAGGCAACAAAGGAGUGGCUCAAGAAGAAGCACAUUAAGGUGAUGGAGUGGCCUAGCCAGUGUCCAGACCUUAAUCCCAUAGAAAAUCUGUGGAGGGAGCUGAAGGUUCGAGUUGCCUAACGUCAGCCUCGAAACCUCAAUGACUUGGAGAAGAUCUACAAAGAGGAGUGGGACAAAAUCCCUCCUGAGAUGUGUGCAAACCUGGUGGCCAACUAUAAGAAACGUCUGUCCUCUGUGAUUGCCAACAAGGGUUUUGCCACCAAGUACUAAGUCAUGUUUUGAAGAGGGGUCAAAUACUUAUUUCCCCCAUUAAAAUGCAAAUCAAUUUAUAACAUUUUUGACAUGCAUUUUUCUUUUUUUUUGUUGUUAUUCUGUCUCACUGUUCAAAUAAACCUACCAUUAAAAAUUAUAGACUGAUAAUUUCUUUGUCAGUGGGCAAACAAACAAAAUCAGCAGGGGAUCAAAUACUUUUUUCCCUCACUGUAGACCUUGGUGUAACUAGCUAUGUGUCCUCUCAACUAGACCUUGGUGUAACUAGCUAUGUGUCCUCUCAACUAGACCUUGGUGUAACUAGCUAUGUGUCCUCUCAACUAGACCUCGGUGUACAAUGGGGGGAAAAAAGUAUUUAGUCAGCCACCAAUUGUGCAAGUUCUCCCACUUAAAAAGAUGAGAGAGGCCUGUAAUUUUCAUCAUAGGUACACGUCAACUAUGACUGACAAAUUGAGAAAAGGAAAUCCAGAAAAUCACAUUGUAGGAUUUUUAAUGAAUUUAUUUGCAAAUUAUGGUGGAAAAUAAGUAUUUGGUCACCUACAAACAAGCAAGAUUUCUGGCUCUCACAGACCUGUAACUUCUUCUUUAAGAGGUUCCUCUGUCCUCCACUCGUUACCUGUAUUAAUGGCACCUGUUUGAAAUUGUUAUCAGUAUAAAAGACACCUGUCCACAACCUUAAACAGUCACACUCCAAACUCCACUAUGGCCAAGACCAAAGAGCUGUCAAAGGACACCAGAAACAAAAUUGUAGACCUGCACCAGGCUGGGAAGACUGAAUCUGCAAUAGGUAAGCAGCUUGGUUUGAAGAAAUCAACUGUGGGAGCAAUUAUUAGGAAAUGGAAGACAUACAAGACCACUGAUAAUCUCCCUCGAUCUGGGGCUCCACGCAAGAUCUCACCCCGUGGGGUCAAAAUGAUCACAAGAAUGGUGAGCAAAAAUCCCAGAACCACACGGGGUGACCUAGUGAAUUACCUGCAGAGAGCUGGGACCAAAGUAACAAAGCCUACCAUCAGUAACACACUACGCCGCCAGGGACUCAAAUCCUGCAGGCCCGUGUAAAGGAAAGAAUGAAUGGGGCCAUGUAUCGUGAGAUUUUGAGUGAAAACCUCCUUCCAUCAGCAAGGGCAUUGAAGAUUAAACGUGGCUGGGUCUUUCAGCAUGACUAUGAUCCCAAACACACCGCCCGGGCAACGAAGGAGUGGCUUCGUAAGAAGCAUUUCAAGGUCCUGGAGUGGCCUAGCCAGUCUCCAGAUCUCAACCCCAUAGAAAAUCUUUGGAGGGAGUUGAAAGUCAGUGUUGCCCAGCGACAGCCCCAAAACAUCACUGCUCUAGAGGAGAUCUGCAUGGAGGAAUGGGCCAAAAUACCAGCAACAGUGUGUGAAAACCUUGUGAAGACUUACAAAAAACGUUUGACCUGUGUCAUUGCCAACAAAGGGUAUAUAACAAAGUAUUGAGUCACUUUUGUUAUUGACCAAAUACUUAUUUUCCACCAUAAUUUGCAAAUAAAUUCAUUAAAAAUCCUACAAUGUGAUUUUCUGGAAAAAUUUCUCAAUUUGUCUGUCAUAGUUGACGUGUACCUAUGAUGAAAAUUACAGGCCUCUCUCAUCUUUUUAAGUGGGAGAACUUGCACAAUUGGUGGCUGACUAAAUACUUUUCCCCCCACUAUGUCUCCUCUCAACUAGACCUCGGUGUAACUAGCUGUCCUUCAAAAACCGGAGUGAAAGCUGUCAAAUGCUCACCUCUCACCUGACUUAAAGGUCACAUUUAGGUUACAUGUGCAAAUAUUGUGGUGCUCAGGUUAUUCAUUUGUGAUAUUGAUUUCUUUCAGGGGCUGUCCUCAAGGACUGUACACACAACCUCACUAGGCAACUCUAUUCUGACAAGGUGAGUCUGAGAUUGAAAUGUUAAAUGCUGUAGAUUGAUUUCAAGUGUGUGUAAUGUGUGUAUUAAUUGACAUGUGUUUUUAUUUCCCUGUAGGCUCAAAUCAAGGUUGCUUUACCCCACACCAAAGCCUUGUUGUUGCGAAAGGAUACACAGCGACGCCAAGUUGAAGGACCCCUUCACUCUAGCCCAAAAAGAUUUGAGUAAUUUGUACGACGAUAUCAAAAAGGUAAGUCAUUUGACUUGAGUCAUCAUUUAGCGCUGAGAUUUGUUUUUCAAUGAAAAGUGCGCUAUAAAUGAAAUAUACUAUUGUUAUGUAGCAUUAAGGCUACAGUGGCGUGCUUCUAACUCAUAUUGCUCAUAUACACAGUUCAGACUAUUACUGAUGUUAUAACAUGACUGUAAUAAAGAUACAUUAUCUGUGCUUCACAGGAGCUUUUUGUGUCCAAGUCAGAGCUGAAGUCCCUGUGUGACUACUACUUUGACGGGAAAGGCAAGGCCUUCCGACCCACGAUAGUGGUGCUGAUGGCCCGGGCCUGCAAUAGUCACAGCAACCGAGACGGGUAAGACAUUAUCCUUGGUAUACCCUAGUGAACUAGGUAGGUAGUACGCAUGGUAGUGUGUAGCCUGAUCUACCAUCCUGACCGCUGUGAUCUUUAUUUUUAAUUUUAUUUUUUUGUAGUUUCACUAGCAAAAGAUCAUGUAAGCUUGUGAUAUCUGAAUGGUUGUAGGGGGCUACUAAUGGGUUACAAGGAGACAGACCUGGGUGAGAAACUAUGCUACUAAUGGGUUACAAGGAGACAGACCUGGGUGAGAAACUAUGCUACUAAUGGGUUACAAGGAGACAGACCUGGGUGAGAAACGAUGCUACUAAUGGGUUACAAGGAGACAGACCUGGGUGAGAAACGAUGCUACUAAUGGGUUACAAGGAGACAGACCUGGGUGAGAAACGAUGCUACUAAUGGGUUACAAGGAGACAGACCUGGGUGAGAAACGAUGCUACUAAUGGGUUACAAGGAGACAGACCUGGGUGAGAAACUAUGCUACUAAUGGGUUACAAGGAGACAGACCUGGGUGAGAAACUAUGCUACUAAUGGGUUACAAGGAGACAGACCUGGGUGAGAAACUAUGCUACUAAUGGGUUACAAGGAGACAGACCUGGGUGAGAAACGAUGCUACUAAUGGGUUACAAGGAGACAGACCUGGGUGAGAAACGAUGCUACUAAUGGGUUACAAGGAGACAGACCUGGGUGAGAAACUAUGCUAAUGAAAUGUAUUUUGCACACACACCAGGAGCAACUUGUCACACCUGUCUGGGAGAAAACACAGAUUGGAAAGGGAAAAUAGGCUGUUUAUUACGUCAUUACAGGAGAGGGCUGUAUUACGGUCUAAAUUAAUAAUGCGUAUACUAUAUCGUUGCAAUAAACUAAUUCAUUUAGCCUGCCCAUAUUAGUGAUGAUAUGAACCAAUAUGUGAGAAAGCUAUAACUGUGUUAUCAACCAGCCUAUUCUCCCUCUCUCCCCGUCUCUGUCUCUCUUUCUUUGUCUCACUCUCUCCUUUCUCUCUCCCCCUCUCCUCUUUCUCUGUCUCUUUCUCUCACUCUCUCCCCCUUUCUCUUUCUCUUUUUUUUCUCUCUCUCCAGAGAUCUGCUCCCAGGUCAGCGGUCCAUAGCUAUGAUCUCUGAGAUGAUCCACACUGCCAGCCUGGUCCACGAUGAUGUCAUCGACGGCUCGGACAAGCGGAGAGGGAAGACCACUAUCAACGAAGUGUGGGGAGAGAGAAAGGUUAGCCAGUCACGCCAGUUUUCUUGAAAAGGUGCAAUACUAUCACUUUUCUGUAAUGCAUCUUAUGACAAACGAAUACACCCUUAGUAGUUGUAAGAUCAUAUGAAUGUAUUCUCUUAUUCCCAGGCCAUUUUAGCUGGAGACUUCAUCCUCUCGGCAGCCUCCAUGGCUCUGGCCCGUAUCGGCAACAACACGGUGGUGUCAGUGCUGUCUCAGGUCAUGGAGGAUCUGGUGAGAGGUAAGGACAGUCGGGCUCGUGAUGAGGUAGCCCUGCCCGCGACUUCAAAAUCAGUGUCAACCUCGGGCAAAGAGGUAAUUACCUCUUGGUCUAAUGGUUAAGACUUACGUUUCUCCCAUGGGGGGGACAUGGGUUCAGAUCCCGCCUGUGACGCAUUGCACAAUAUAUUCAGUCCGUUUUCAAUUUGAAACAGUUGAUUUAAAAAAAAAAAAAUAUCUGUUGCCUUGGCUGUUUUCAGUUAUUGUAUACCUUCUAACAGAAAUACACUUUGAGUUAUCAGUUUGGUAAUCACCAUUACCUGCCCCCUUUUACUAUCUAGAUGUUGUAAUGCAACGCUUCUGAUUCUGUAAGGGGAAAAUGAGUGAUGAAUGUUUAGGAUGACCGAAGUGUAUAGGAAACGCUGUCUCUGUUCACACCAACAUAUUUUGCUGAUGUUCCAGGUGAAUUCAUGCAGCUGGGCUCCAAGCAAAAUGAGAGUGAGAGAUUUAAACACUACCUGGAGAAGACCUUUAAGAAGACUGCCAGUCUCAUCGCCAACAGUUGUAAAGCUGUAUGUAUGUAUUCUAUCUCCACACAAACAAUGCAGACUUCCAGAAAGUCUUUGGGGCCCAACGGAAUAGGUUUGUGUUGACUGGUUGUUCUCUUCCAUUCAAGGUAUCCAUUCUAGUGAACUCUGAUCCAGAGGUUCAUGAAAUAGCCUUUCAGUACGGGAGGAAUAUAGGUAUCGCCUUUCAGGUACAUUUUUCUAAUACUUGAAUCAAUGGGGUGUCAUUUUUAAUGUGCUCAUUUUUCAUUUUUUUUUAAAUAAAUGUAUUUAACAAUGAAAUGUGUAAAAUAUAUUUUAAGUUGUUUAAUUGUGUGUGUCGUAGCUGGUGGACGAUGUGCUGGACUUCACAGCGUGUGCCAGCCAGCUAGGAAAGCCUUCAGCUACAGACCUCAAGCUGGGCCUGGCCACUGGACCAGUGCUGUUUGCCUGCCAACAGGUGUGUGUGUGUGUGUGUGUGUGUGCACGUCUUCCAUUUUAUGGAAGUGAGAGUUUAACAUUUUAACCUUUUUAGCUUCCCAUGUGGGAAAUAACUGAAUGCGUCCCAAAUGGCUCCCUAUUCCCUAUAUAGUGUACUACUUUUGAUCAGGUCCCCCACAAGGCUCUGGUCAAAAGUAGUGCACUAUAUAGGGCAUAGGGUGCCAUUUGGGACGUAGUCAUUGACUCUCCUGGUCACUGUCUAAUUUUGCUAUUUCUAGAUUGAAUCACAGUGACUGACUGGUCAUUAUAAACUGGGUGGUUCAAGCCCUGAAUGCUGAUUGGCUGACAGCCGUGGUAUAUCAGACCGUAUGCCACGGGUAUGACAAACAAAUUAUUUUUACUGCUCUAAUUACGUUGGUAACCAGUUUAUAAUAACAAGGCACCUCAGGGGUUUGUGGUGUAUUGGCCAUAUAGCACACCCCCUUGGGCCUUAUUGCGUAAAUAUACACUGAGUGUACAAAACAUUAGGAACAGCUUCCUAAUAUUGAGUUGCACCCUGUUUUGCCCACAGAACAGCCUCAAUUCGGGUGUCGAAUGCGUUCCACAAGGAUGCUGGCCCAUGUUGACUCCAACGCUUCCCACAGUUGUGUCAAGAUGGCUGGAUGUCCUCUGGGUGGUGGACCAUUCUUGAUACACACUGGAAACUGUUGAGCGUGAAAAACUCAGCAAUGUUGCAGUUCUUGCACUUAAAAAUGUUGUUCCAAUUGUCUCAAGGCUUAAAAAUCCUCCUUUACCCUGUCUCCUCCCCUUCAUCUACUCUGAUUUGAAUUGGAUUUAACAAGUGACAUCUGUAGCUCAAUUGUAGCUCAAUUGGUAGAGCACGGCGCUUGUAACGCCAGGGUAGUGGGUUCAAUCCCCGGGACCACCCAUACGUAAAAAUGUAUGCACACGUGACUAAGUCGCUUUGGAUAAAAGCGUCUGCUAAAUGGCUUAUUAUUAUUAUUAUUAUUAUUAUUAUUAUUAUAAGGGAUCAUGGCUUUCACCUGGUCAGUCUGUCAUGGAAAGUGCAGGUGUUCUUAAUGUUUUGUACACUCAGUGUCUAUUCCUCUCAUUCAUAGCAUGUUAUUUAUUAAGCCAGGAUAGUCCACUCAGUAACGAUUGCCACUGUUUUCCAGGGAGUCCUGGGAUCACAUAAUAUGCCUAUGACUGAUUGCGUAGUCUGUGACAGUGUCUCUUACCGCUCCCUCUUUAGUUCCCUGAGCUGCAUGGUAUGAUCAUGAGGCGGUUCAGCUCCAGUGGAGAUGUCGCUCGUGCCUGGCAGUAUGUCCAGGAGGUAAGAAACAUUGGCUAUAGCUAGAUGGAGCGUGGUCAGAAACAUUGGGUAUAGCUAGAUGGAGGGAGGUCAGAAACAUUGGGUAUAGCUAGACGGAGGGAGGUCAGAAACAUUGGGUAUAGCUAGAGGGAGGGAGGUCAGAAACAUUGGGUAUAGCUAGAGGGAGGGAGGUCAGAAACAUUGGGUAUAGCUAGAGGAGGGAGGUCAGAAACAUUGGCUAUAGCUAGAGGGAGGGAGGUCAGAAACAUUGGCUAGUAGCUAGAGGGAGGGAGGUCAGAAACAUUGGGUAUAGCUAGAGGGAGGGAGGGAGGUCAGAAACAUUGGGUAUAGCUAGAGGGAGGGAGGUCAGAAACAUUGGCUAUAGCUAGAGGGAGGGAGGUCAGAAACAUUGGCUAUAGCUAGAUGGAGGGAGGUCAGAAACAUUGGCUAUAGCUAGAGGGAGGGAGGGAGGUCAGAAACAUUGGCUAUAGCUAGAGGGAGGGAGGUCAGAAACAUUGGCUAUAGCUAGAGGGAGGGAGGUCAGAAACAUUGGCUAUAGCUAGAGGGAGGGAGGUCAGAAAACAUUGGGUAUAGCUAGAGGGAGGGAGGGAGGUCAGAAACAUUGGCUAUAGCUAGAGGGAGGGAGGUCAGAAAACAUUGGGUAUAGCUAGAGGGAGGGAGGUCAGAAACAUUGGCUAUAGCUAGAGGGAGGAGGAGGUCAGAAACAUUGGGUAUAGCUAGAGGGAGGGAGGGAGGUCAGAAACAUUGGCUAUAGCUAGAGGGAGGGAGGUCAGAAACAUUGGGUAUAGCUAGAGGGAGGGAGGGAGGUCAGAAACAUUGGGUAUAGCUAGAGGGAGGGAGGUCAGAAACAUUGGCUAUAGCUAGAGGGAGGGAGGUCAGAAACAUUGGCUAUAGCUAGAGGGAGGGAGGUCAGAAACAUUGGCUAUAGCUAGAGGGAGGGAGGUCAGAAACAUUGGCUAUAGCUAGAGGGAGGUCAGAAACAUUGGCUAUAGCUAAUGGGGAGGUCAGAAACAUUGGCUAUAGCUAGAGGGAGGGAGGGAGGUCAGAAACAUUGGCUAUAGCUAGAGGGAGGGAGGUCAGAAACAUUGGCUAUAGCUAGAGGGAGGGAGGUCAGAAACAUUGGGUAUAGCUAGAGGGAGGGAGGUCAGAAACAUUGGGUAUAGCUAGAGGGAGGGAGGGAGGUCAGAAACAUUGGCUAUAGCUAGAGGGAGGGAGGUCAGAAACAUUGGGUAUAGCUAGAGGGAGGGAGGGAGGUCAGAAACAUUGGCUAUAGCUAGAGGGAGGGAGGUCAGAAACAUUGGGUAUAGCUAGAGGGAGGGAGGGAGGUCAGAAACAUUGGCUAUAGCUAGAGGGAGGGAGGUCAGAAACAUUGGCUAUAGCUAGAGGGAGGGAGGUCAGAAACAUUGGGUAUAGCUAGAGGGAGGGAGGGAGGUCAGAAACAUUGGCUAGAGGGAGGGAGGGAGGUCAGAAACAUUGGCUAUAGCUAGAGGGAGGGAGGGAGGUCAGAAACAUUGGCUAUAGCUAGAUGGAGGGAGGGAGGUCAGAAACAUUGGCUAUAGCUAGAGGGAGGGAGGUCAGAAACAUUGGCUAUAGCUAGAGGGAGGGAGGGAGGUCAGAAACAUUGGGUAUAGCUAGAGGGAGGGAGGGAGGUCAGAAACAUUGGCUAUAGCUAGAGGGAGGGAGGGAGGUCAGAAACAUUGGCUAUAGCUAGAUGGAGGGAGGUCAGAAACAUUGGCUAUAGCUAGAGGGAGGGAGGUCAGAAACAUUGGCUAUAGCUAGAGGGAGGGAGGGAGGUCAGAAACAUUGGCUAUAGCUAGAGGGAGGGAGGUCAGAAACAUUGGGUAUAGCUAGAGGGAGGGAGGGAGGUCAGAAACAUUGGCUAUAGCUAGAGGGAGGGAGGGAGGUCAGAAACAUUGGCUAUAGCUAGAGGGAGGGAGGUCAGAAACAUUGGGUAUAGCUAGAGGGAGGGAGGGAGGUCAGAAACAUUGGGUAAAGCUGGAGGGAGGGAGGUCAGAAACAUUGGCUAUAGCUAGAGGGAGGGAGGUCAGAAACAUUGGGUAUAGCUAGAGGGAGGGAGGGAGGUCAGAAACAUUGGGUAUAGCUAGAGGGAGGGAGGUCAGAAACAUUGGCUAUAGCUAGAGGGAGGGAGGUCAGAAACAUUGGCUAUAGCUAGAGGGAGGGAGGGAGGUCAGAAACAUUGGGUAUAGCUAGAGGGAGGGAGGUCAGAAACAUUGGCUAUAGCUAGAGGGAGGGAGGGAGGUCAGAAACAUUGGCUAUAGCUAGACGGAGGGAGGUCAGAAACAUUGGCUAUAGCUAGAGGGAGGGAGGGAGGUCAGAAACAUUGGGUAUAGCUAGAGGGAGGGAGGUCAGAAACAUUGGGUAUAGCUAGAUGGAGGGAGGUCAGAAACAUUGGGUAUAGCUAGAUGGAGGGAGGGAGGUCAGAAACAUUGGGUAUAGCUAGAGGGAGGGAGGGAGGUCAGAAACAUUGGCUAUAGCUAGAGGGAGGGAGGGAGGGAGGUCAGAAACAUUGGCUAUAGCUAGAGGGAGGGAGGAGGUCAGAAACAUUGGCUAUAGCUAGACGGCGGGAGGUGUUUGUAUAAAAUCACCAUAUAGAAAGAAGUGGAAGGGCGCUCAACCAACGUUAGUCGAGGUGCAACCAAUAAAUAAGAUCAAGGAGAAGGCUCAACGCUCGCUCACCAUUAAAACAUUAUUUUAUUUGAGCAACUAUUAAAAGCUUUUACCUUUUUUUUUUGUUGCUUUCAUCGGAAUAUAAACGCAGUAUAGAAAUACUAUUGGACCUAUGAUCAUGUAGUAAUUACAAGUGACCUGUUAGAAAGCACGCUGACUCCCCCUCCUGUUUGUCCUCAGAGUAACGGUGUGGAUCAGACCAACUACCUGGCCCAGCACUACUGUCAGGAGGCCGUCCGGCAGAUCAGCCUGCUCAGGCCCUCUCCGGAGCGGGAUGCCCUCAUCAGGCUCACCCAGACGGUCCUCACCCGUGAC